CGAAAUUUAAAUAAAAAAUUAGAAAGAUGGCAGUCGCACGGAGAUUUGACUGGGUCCGGCGAUAUAAUGUCUUUUUUAUUAUAGUCUUGGUAAUUUUUGUGUUGCAAAUAUUUUUGGGCUCAAAGUUUUCUCCCUCACAAAAUGCAGACUCGUCGUCCUACAAAGACGGGGACAGUUCCAUGGGCAAAAGUCCGAUUAACAUAGAGGAUGGGGAAUUUUCAUCAAAAAAAUAUGUAGGUGACGACGAAGAUGUCGCAGCGAAUAGCAAUCUAGUGAUAAAAAAUGACAGAGAAAAGGUGCCGCCUGACAAGCACAGUGCUGUCAAAGCAAACCGGUCAGCAGACCUACAGCUUGAAGGCCUUGACUUUGUGCCUGAGUGUGAAAUUCUGGGACGUGAGGCAGCUUCGGCCAUCAACCGUGCCAGAACGCAGCGUUGUAAAAAGGAGCUCGUGCACAUAGCUUGCUUAUCUCAAGAGGGAAAACUUUACCCUCAGUACCUCAAGAGUCAGUGUCCUUCUCAGGACGCCCGGAUGGGCAAGUCUCUUGGGUGCUUCCAGGACGAGCGACAGUUCCGCCUGCUUUCAGGCUACUUUUCCAACCUUAAAAAUGCCAACUCUCCUGAGCAAUGCAUUUACCUGUGCCUUCAGUCAGGAUUCCAGUACGCUGGAGUGCAAUAUUCAACCGAGUGCUAUUGCGGCAACGCAGCGCCUCCUUCUGCGGCCAAACUGCCUGAUUCUUCAUGCAAUAUGCCCUGCCCUGCAGACCCCAAGGAGGAUUGCGGAGGAUACUUCACUAUGGGCGUUUUUCAAACCGGGUUGCCAAAUUUAGAGCUGUCUCCAGUCAAAUCAGAGCCAGAUGACCCAAAAGCUCAGAAAGCACGCGUUGUCUAUUUGUUGACCUUGAAUGGUCGAGCUGUGCGUCAAGUGAAGAGACUAAUCAGAGCCCUUUACCACGCUGACCACUUCUUUUACAUUCACGUAGAUGCUAGACAAGACUACAUGUUCCGAGAGAUGUUGGACUUGGAGAGUAAGAUGCCUGGCCAGGUUGUUGUUGCGAGGAAAAGACUAGCCACAAUUUGGGGUGGAGCCAGCUUGUUGGAGAUUCUUCUCACCAGCAUGAAAGAGCUUUUGACGCUCCACGAAAAAUGGUCUUGGGACUACGUCAUCAACCUCAGUGAAUCUGACUUCCCCCUGAAACACAACGACAGACUGGUACAAUUUUUGACAGCAAACAACGGGCGCAACUUUGUCAAAUCGUUUGGAAAAGAGGUGCAGCGCUUUAUCCAGAAGCAAGGUCUGGACAAGACGUUCCAUGAAUGUGAGGCUCACAUGUGGCGCGUGGGAGACCGUGUGUUGCCUUGGGGCAUUCAGAUGGACGGGGGAAGUGACUGGAUUGCUCUUUCAUAUAAAUUUGCCAAAUUUGUUUCAUCUGGCGAAGAUGAUGAGCUAUUAAAAGGCUUGAAAACACUCUUCAAACAAACUCUCCUUCCUGCUGAAUCAUUUUUCCACACUGCCUUAAGGAACUCUGAGUUUUGUGACACGUAUGUGGACAACAAUUUGCACAUCACCAACUGGAGGAGAAAGCUUGGCUGUCGGUGUCAAUAUCGCCAUGUUGUAGAUUGGUGUGGCUGCAGUCCAAACGACUUUAAACCCUCAGAUUGGGCCAGAAUAAAGGGCACUGAUGAGAGGCAAGUUUUCUUUGCCAGGAAAUUUGAGCCAAUCAUUAACCAGGCUAUAAUCAAGCAGCUCGAAGAAUGGAUAUUUGGUCUUCAUUCUCCAGAUACCCCAAGCAUAGACAGUUAUUGGCAAAGCGUCUUUGACCACAGAGACCAAAAUCCUUCAAGUGAGGAUACGUUCAAGACUGCGGGAUCAAGUUUCUCAAGAAUAUCGGCUAGAAUGAUAUGCAAAAUUCAGCUGGUGAAAACGCUGGAAAUCAAUUUGUAUUUUCAUGAGGAUGCUUUCAUGGGCUUUUUGGUCAAAUAUCAAGCAAAGAAUCUCACAGAAAAUGACAAAACCUCAUUCACCAUUGAAACUCGCUUUAAGCCAAAAUCUACAACCAAAAUCCACAGCAAGGAAACACCUUUUGCUUCAAGAAUAGAGAGCUUCAUAGUGAGUUCAGACUUUGAUGUGAAAGAGAUGGUGUCCCGAAAUCCGAUGAGGGUCCUUGGACCUUUCUCGCAGCCAACCACCAUUGUCCAACUAUCUGCUGGACCCGCCCUUGAGGGAGGAUUGAACGCCACAGUGGUGUGGACUGAUCCCAUUGGGUGGCUUGCAGACAUAACAGAAAUCCACAUUUUGGAGACGGCUCAGACGCUGAGCUCCAAGCUAACCCUGAAGUCGCCAAUCAGGCCAGGUGCGUGGUCGGCUAAAAUUGUGACUGGUAGCAAAGUUGUUGCUGAAACUCAGUUCCUGGUGAUGCCAUUAGAGUUCAUGUCUGGAGUAGAGGUUUCUUCCAACCAAGCUGAAUACGUAAAUUCUGGUCCAAAUGAACCAUACAUUGUGCAAAAAGCGAAUUCUUUGAGCCACGUUGUGCACACUCCUGAAAGCUCUGUUGUUGAUUCAUUGCUCAGAAAGGCGGUUAUUAACUCGAAGAGGCUGGGAGUGGAUUUGCAGGACUGGAUCGACUCCUCGGUUGAAAGAUUUUACACGUUGCAGUCAUCAUGUAUAGUGGAGUCAGCAUCCUUGGGGAAAGGGUGCCCAUCAGUGAAACUGUGCCACACCAAGUCAUGGAGUUCUCAUUAUCCUGAUCCCAAAUCUUAUAUUGGCGGGGUUGACUUAACAAAUGGCCAAUUAAUUUAAAGCAAUUUACGCUAAUGGCCCACAACCUUGGUAUGAUCUGGUGACUGAUCAUACCUGCAAUAGGACCACGACAGAGGCUUCUAGCGAUUGGCUUGUCAGUCAAAGAAUGGAAUCGAAAUGUCUUUUAAGGUUUCCUUGAAUGAUAUAACUGCCCUGUUUUCAUUUCUACUCUCUUGCAAUGCUGCUCACUUGUCUUCUUUUGAUUUUAUUUAAAUCAAAGAAGUUUUUGGUGACACUAAAUUUGUAGAGACAUAAUCUAGAUUUCAAAGAUUAAAACUCUCUCAUCUUUGGGCACUUUGAAAGAGGUAGAAUAUCAGUUUAAAGGCUAUUGGUGUUCUCCUUCCUAAUUUUUGUAAUCAAAUGAUUUCCAUCCUUUAAUUGUAAAAUGUUAAUACCAUUUUGGGCUCACCCAUGAGUAAGGAAGUUUAAUUGAUUGGGAUGUUGUGCUUUAACCACUGACUGUGAUAAGCUGUUGAAAGCUCUAAUCUUACGCGUUUCUUCAUGUAUUCAAUUGUAUUAUAAUAUGUAUUUCAUUUUCCUACGCUUUAUGUGAAUCCCAGUGAGCAAGACUUGACGGAAGAUCUAUGAUUAACCCUUCUUUUUCAUCAGAUGUGUUCAUUGAUUAAAUGAUUGUUUUAGUAACUUUUGUCGCCAGUAAUUAUUCUUGCGUUUGUGGUGCAAAGCUGCAUUCAGUUGCUGGUUUGCUUGGCGCAGUGUCAAUAAAAGAAGGAAAUUCGGCGCCACUCACGAAUUCAUAAUCAAUCAAAAGGGUCUUGAUAUUUUGCCCUAAUCGCCAUACCUGCUAUUGUAUAGCAAUAAUUAUAUUUAAAUAUAUAUUUCACGUCUUGUGUACUUCUAACAAUAAUAAUACAAUGUGAUUUUUAAUAAAUUAUUAUUGGGCAGCUCAAA